ACUUGGAGAAAGUUUUUCUAUGCCUCCAUUGUGCAAGAUGGAUAAUGCAUGCCACCUUAGGGUGCUAAAAUAAUGUUUAGAAAUCACCCUAAGAUGCUUUCACAAAAGCCAGGGUAGAAGGGUAAAGCAUUAUUUUGUUGUUGAGGACAGUAGCUGAUGGGUAAUUGACACUUUACUUGGCCAUUGGAUAAUGGAAGGUGCACAUUAAAUUGAAUAUCAGUUUUCUCCCUUUUCAAGAGAAUUUCUCCAUUCCCCCUGAUGUCACUGCAACUACCUCCUCAUCCUCUUCGUCAGCACGCCCAGCAACUAUUGAUCUUCCUCCAUCAGGAAUCGUGAAAGGCACGCACAAGGGAUCCAAUCGAUCUAGUCUCAUGGACACUGCUGAUGGUGUCCCUGUAAGUAGCAGAGUCUCCACAAAAAUUCAACAGCUGCUCAACACCCUGAAACGACCAAAAAGGCCACCUCUGAAGGAAUUUUUUGUGGACGAUUUUGAAGAAAUCGUGGAAGUCCCGCAGCCUGACCCAAACCAGCCCAAACCAGAGGGGCGCCAGAUGACACCUGUUAAGGGGGAGCCACUGGGAGUCGUUUGUAAUUGGCCUCCUGCCUUAGAAGCAGCACUGCAGCGCUGGGGGACCACGCAGGCCAAAUGUCCUUGUCUGACCGCACUGGAUGUUACCGGAAAACCCGUCUAUACCCUGACGUAUGGUAAAUUGUGGAGCAGAAGCCUUAAGCUGGCCUACACGCUGCUUAAUAAACUGGGGACCAAAAAUGAACCUGUGUUAAAGCCUGGAGACAGGGUAGCCCUUGUUUACCCCAACAAUGACCCAGUCAUGUUCAUGGUGGCAUUUUACGGCUGUCUGCUAGCAGAAGUGAUCCCAGUGCCUAUAGAGGUACCUCUUACCAGAAAGGAUGCUGGUGGUCAGCAGAUUGGCUUCCUCUUGGGGAGCUGUGGCAUCACUUUGGCUCUCACCACUGAGGUUUGUCUAAAGGGGCUGCCAAAAACCCAGAAUGGGGAGAUUGUGCAGUUUAAAGGUUGGCCCAGACUCAAAUGGGUUGUGACAGACUCAAAGUAUCUCUCCAAGUCACCAAAGGACUGGCAGCCCAACAUCUCAACUGCAGGAACUGAGCCGGCAUAUAUUGAGUACAAGACCAGUAAGGAAGGCAGUGUGAUGGGGGUGACAGUGUCUCGGAUUGCCAUGCUGUCUCAUUGUCAGGCUCUGUCUCAGGCUUGCAACUACUCUGAAGGUGAAACCAUAGUGAAUGUUCUGGAUUUCAAGAAGGAUGCAGGGCUCUGGCAUGGCAUGUUAACGAAUGUAAUGAACAAGCUGCACACCCUCAGCGUGCCCUACUCCGUGAUGAAAACCUGUCCUCUCUCCUGGGUGCAGAGAGUUCAUACCCACAAAGCGAAGGUGGCUUUAGUGAAGUGUCGAGACCUGCACUGGGCCAUGAUGGCUCAUCGGGACCAAAGAGAUGUCAGCCUGAGUUCUCUGCGGAUGCUGAUUGUAACUGACGGUGCUAAUCCCUGGUCUGUUUCCUCAUGCGAUGCUUUCCUGAGUUUGUUUCAGAGCCAUGGGCUUAAACCUGAGGCAAUCUGUCCAUGUGCCACAUCUCCAGAAGCAAUGACUGUAGCAAUACGGAGGCCUGGUGUCCCUGGGGCACCCUUGCCCGGAAGAGCCAUCCUGUCCAUGAAUGGGCUAAGUUAUGGUGUUAUUCGUGUGAACACUGAAGACAAAAACUCUGCUCUCACGGUACAGGAUGUUGGCCAUGUGAUGCCGGGAGGAAUGAUGUGCAUUGUGAAACCCGAUGGAUCUCCUCAGCUCUGUAAAACAGAUGAGAUUGGAGAAAUCUGUGUUAGCUCCAGAACAGGAGGGAUGAUGUAUUAUGGGCUGGCUGGGGUGACAAAGAACACGUUUGAGGUUAUCCCUGUCAACUCGGCUGGUUCUCCAGUGGGCGACGUGCCGUUCGUCCGCUCAGGCUUGCUGGGGUUUGUUGGACCUGGUAGUUUGGUGUUUGUGGUAGGAAAAAUUGAUGGCUUGCUGACAGUUAGUGGGCGCAGACACAAUGCUGAUGACAUCGUUGCAACCGGAUUAGCAGUUGAAUCAAUAAAGACAGUCUACAGAGGAAGGAUUGCUGUGUUUUCAGUUUCUGUGUUCUACGAUGAGAGGAUCGUGGUGGUGGCAGAGCAGCGGCCAGAUGCUUCUGAAGAGGACAGUUUUCAGUGGAUGAGCCGAGUGCUGCAGGCAAUUGACAGCAUUCACCAAGUGGGUGUGUAUUGUCUUGCUCUGGUACCAGCCAACACUUUGCCAAAAACUCCUCUUGGAGGGAUCCAUAUCUCUCAAACCAAACAGCACUUUUUGGAGGGCUCGCUGCACCCGUGUAACAUCCUCAUGUGCCCGCACACAUGUGUGACCAACUUGCCAAAACCCAGGCAGAAACAACCAGGUGUUGGCCCUGCCUCUGUGAUAGUGGGGAACCUGGUUGCUGGGAAGCGCAUUGCUCAGGCUGCUGGGAGGGACCUUGGACAAAUAGAAGACAACGAUUUGGUUAGAAAGCACCAGUUCCUGACGGAGGUGUUACAGUGGAGAGCUCAAGCAACCCCUGAUCACACGCUCUUCCUUCUGCUAAAUGCCAAGGGAACUCCUGUGUGCACAGCCACCUGCCUCCAGCUGCACAAGAGAGCAGAGAGAAUUGCAUCAGUUCUGUACGACAAGGGACAUCUGAAUGCAGGAGACAACGUGGUGCUGCUCUAUCCUCCUGGCAUUGAACUCAUCGCUGCAUUCUAUGGCUGUUUGUAUGCUGGCUGCAUUCCUGUGACCGUUCGACCACCUCAUGCUCAGAACCUAACUGCGACUCUGCCCACUGUGCGAAUGAUCGUAGAUGUCAGCAAAGCUGCCUGCAUUCUCACAACUCAGACCUUAAUGAGACUACUGAAAUCCAGAGAGGCAGCUGCUGCUGUGGAUGUGAAAACCUGGCCAACCAUCAUUGACACAGAUGACUUGCCCAGGAAGCGGCUACCUCAGAUCUAUAAACCACCCACACCAGAGAUGUUGGCAUACCUAGAUUUUAGUGUGUCCACGACAGGCAUGCUUACGGGAGUGAAGAUGUCCCACUCAGCAGUGAAUGCGCUUUGCAGGGCGAUAAAGCUCCAGUGUGAGCUCUAUUCCUCUCGGCAGAUUGCCAUUUGUCUUGAUCCCUACUGCGGACUUGGCUUUACGCUCUGGUGCCUUUGCAGCGUGUAUUCUGGUCACCAGUCCAUCUUAAUUCCUCCUAUGGAGUUGGAAUCCAAUCUUUUCCUCUGGCUUUCCACUGUCAGUCAGUACAAAAUAAGGGACACUUUCUGUUCCUAUUCAGUCAUGGAGUUGUGCACAAAGGGACUUGGAAAUCAGGUUGAAGUGUUAAAGGCAAGAGGAAUUAAUCUGUCGUGUGUCCGGACCUGUGUGGUGGUUGCAGAAGAGCGGCCACGAAUUUCUCUCACCCAGUCCUUCUCCAAGCUUUUCAAAGACAUUGGCCUGUCAUCCCGUGCUGUGAGCACCACCUUUGGGUCAAGAGUCAACGUAGCUAUCUGUUUACAGGUACCAAAGGGGUAUUUAAUGUGGAUGACCAUUAUAACAGAAGUAUCGGCUGAAAAUAUUAACAUGUUCUUUAAUGUUAAUCUUUAGGGAACCUCUGGGCCUGACCCUACCACAGUGUACGUAGAUCUGAAAUCCUUAAGACAUGACAGAGUGCGUUUGGUAGAGAGGGGAGCUCCACAGAGCCUGCUGCUUUCGGAAUCUGGGAAGAUUUUGCCUGGAGUCAAAGUGAUUAUAGUCAAUCCUGAGACCAAGGGGCCUGUUGGAGAUUCUCACCUUGGGGAGAUUUGGGUGAACAGUCCCCACACGGCUAGUGGUUACUAUACCAUCUAUGAUAAUGAAUCCCUUCAAGCUGAUCAUUUCAACACUCGUCUGAGCUUUGGCGAUGCUGCUCAGACACUUUGGGCUAGAACUGGAUACCUUGGCUUUGUUCGCCGGACGGAGCUCACAGCUGCCAGUGGAGAUCGCCAUGAUGCACUGUAUGUCGUAGGAGCACUGGAUGAAACUUUGGAGCUGAGAGGACUCCGUUAUCAUCCAAUUGACAUAGAGACUUCAGUAUCUCGGACACACAGGAGCAUUGCUGAAUGUGCUGUGUUCACAUGGACCAACUUGCUGGUGGUAGUUGUGGAGCUAUGCGGCUGUGAACAGGAAGCCCUGGAUUUAGUCCCUCUAGUUACCAAUGUGGUUCUGGAAGAACAUUACCUAAUUGUGGGAGUUGUGGUGGUGGUGGAUCCAGGAGUUAUUCCCAUCAAUUCCAGAGGAGAAAAACAACGGAUGCAUCUCCGUGACAGUUUCCUGGCUGAUCAAUUAGAUCCCAUCUAUGUGGCGUAUAACAUGUAAUGGGGUAGAGGGGAUAAUGUUCACAAACUUUGUAGGACCACUAAAAUGACCAAUGGUGACUAUAGAAAUGAAGCUGGUGAAAAGUACUAAUACUUGAUGUAAAGUUUGUGAUCGCUACCAUAUUCCCUUCAUUUCAUCCUGUGGGAUUAUGAUCACAUCAACAACUGAGGGUCAAAUGGAAAUAUGGUAGACAAUGGAAAAUGUUUGUAACAGUUUACUUACUGAACAUUAGCUUUAUAGACAAUGCAAAGUUGACAAGUGUGUGAGUUACAAAAUUCCUAAGGCCUUUACAGUAGUGUUACUUUUUUCAUCUGUUGUACAUAUUUGUAUUUUUAUCUAAUACUGUUUUAUGAUUCUAUAAGGGGAGGGUUUAUUUACUUAAGAUAAUAAACUAUUAAGAAAAGAGUCAUCCGAGUCCUGCAGUUCCCCAGUAUAUAAUGUACUUUGCAACUGUACUGUAGCUAUUCGUUCCAUGGGAUCUCACUGCUUAUUUAAAAUUGUGCCAUGACCAAAUCCAAUAACCCCCUGAAAGUAAGAAUUACUUACUCGUAUAGAUAUUUCUUUAAUUUAAAAUGGAUUUUGCCUAUAUUUUUAAAAUGUAAAUAUUAAUAUACAUAAUUCACUUAGACAGAAAAUUGGCUUAAGUAAUGAUGACAUCUGAAGUAGAGGACUAUAAUUUUUGAAGUCCUUAACAUAAAUUACAUUUGGUUAGGCAACUAAUGUGAGAAAUGCAAAUCUUACAGAAGUUUUCUUAAUUCAGUAUGUAUGUAGUCUUUUAUUGCUGGCCAGAAUAUGUCAUAGUAUGUAGAAGCCUAUGUUUUUAAGUCACAUCUUUCUAAAUGAGGCUGAAGUAUUUAAG